UGUUUUUGAGUAAUGUUGCUAACAGACAGACAGACAAACCAACGCUGUUCGUCACGUAACUCUGCUGAGGCUCCGUAAAUAUACUAAAGUUAUUGCACAUACAAAGUCAGCUGAUUCUAAUGAGGUCAGGUGGGAACUUUUUUCACAUUUCUUUGUUUUUACCUGGAAUAACCCUAACAUUGACCUUUGUCUGAAUGACAGAAUGGGGUCAUUUUAACAGGCUGAGGAAGCAACGAUGCAACACAUCCCAUGUCUGGGAAGAGCUUAAGUUGUGACCUGGACCCUCUGCGGCCUGGAGUGUCUGAGAAGCUCCAUCAAGGUCACCUGGCCCUUUCUGCCUUCAUCAGAGUCAAUCAAAACUUUACACCUGCCCAUUUCUCCUGCAUCCAACACAAUUAACAUGUAAACCAACUCCUCUUUUAUUGUCAAAUAUAUCUCAGCCCUUCAUCUGAGUGCUGUGUAGGUAUUGACCUGUUUCUGACCUCAAAGUUGGCCUACAAGCUCUGAGAGUUUCAGUUGGAAGUAGAUCUGUCUUGUUGUCUUCCUUUAGUCCAACCCUCCAGUCAGGCCUAAUCCACUGGAAAAGGAUUACAGUCGAGCCAGCCAGCGUGGUUCCUCCUUCCCACUCACCUGCUGCUCCGUCAUUCAUUCAGCUUCUUCACCUGCUCAGCUCAGCUGAUGUUCUUCUCUUGGGAGCUACUUUUUUGCUCUUCGAAAUUCAUUUUUCUGUCAGUUUUGAAGUAUCUUCAGUGUCAGUUAUCCCUGCAUAGUUGUUUUGCUCUGUCCACUUUCCACCACCUCUUCUUGUCAUUAUCAUCCUGCUGCCUCCUGCUCGACCCUGGAUCUCUUUCUAAGCGAGGCCCCGGUGGCAGAGUCCCGUCAGGCGAUCCGAGGGUUACUUCGCUGUGCCUCUAGUGAUGACUACUUUUCCCUCAUGUCUACAUGUGGACGGCUGUUGUCGGGCAUGGGAGCUUCGUGCUCCUCGGCAGUGCCUCCUGAGCGAGCAGCCCCCAGCUCAGGAAUGUACAAGCUGGAGAUUGAGCUGAAGAGGGGACACAACCUGGCCGUCAGAGACAGAGGAGGAACCAGUGAUCCCUAUGUGAAGUUCAAGCUCGGGGGUAAAGAGGUGUUCAGAAGCAAAACCAUCCACAAAAACCUCAACCCUGUGUGGGAAGAGAAGACAACGUUAACAUUGGACAGUCUGAGUGAGCCGCUGUAUGCCAAGGUGUUUGACUACGACUUUGGCCUUCAGGAUGACUUCAUGGGUUCUGCUUUUCUUUACCUGGAGUCUCUGGAGCAGCAGAGAACAAUACCUGUGACUCUGGUGCUGAAAGACCCUCAGUCUCCUGAUGAGGACCUGGGCAGCCUGGAGCUGGCCGUCACCCUGACGCCUAAAGACAGCCCCAUCGAGGAGCGACGAGACUCAACGCAGAAUGAGGUUAAGACGUAUCGGUGGAAGCCGUAUGUGAAGAAAACUAUGCUGCUCAGGAGGUCCUGGAAACGGUCCACUAAGAACCAGCAGUCAAUACGUCUCUCAGAGCUGCAUCGAAAGUCCCAGCUCUGGCGAGGGAUUGUCAGCAUUGCGCUAAUUGAGGGUCGAAACCUCAUCCCCAUGGACGACAACGGUCUGAGCGACCCGUACGUCAAGUUCAGACUGGGACCACAGAAGUACAAGAGCAAGACAGUGCCAAAGACCUUGAGUCCUCAGUGGAGGGAGCAGUUUGACCUGCAUCUAUAUGAAGAGACUGGAGGGGUGCUGGAGAUCACAGUGUGGGACAGAGACACCGGCAGGAGAGACGACUUCAUUGGACGCUGCCAGUUGGACCUCUCCACUCUGUCCAAGGAGCAGACUCAUCACCUGGAGCUGCCGCUGGAGGAGUCCCGGGGCUUCGUGGUGCUGCUGGUCACAUUGACCGCCUCGGCUGCCGUCUCCAUCGCCGACCUCUCCGUCACGCCGCUGGACGACCCACAGGAGCGCAGGGAGAUACUGAAACGAUACGGCGUGUUGAAGUCACUCUCCAACCUAAAAGAUGUGGGCAUCGUGCAGGUGAAGGUGAUGAGAGCAGAAGGACUCAUGGCUGCAGAUGUAAAUGGUAAAAGCGACCCGUUCUGUGUGCUGGAACUGAAUAACGACAGGCUGCAGACACAUACUGUUUACAAGAACCUCAAUCCAGAGUGGAACAAAGUCUUCACCUUUAAUGUGAAGGACAUCCACUCAGUGCUGGAGGUGACGGUGUUUGAUGAAGACAGAGACAGGAGUGCAGACUUUUUGGGAAAAGCUGUCAUUCCUUUGUUAAAUAUCCGUAAUGGCGAGCAGAAGGGCUACGUACUGAAGAACAAGGAGCUGACGGGCCCGACCAAAGGAGCCAUCUACCUGGAGAUCGACGUCAUCUACAACACUGUUAAAGCUGCUUUGAGGACUGUGGUCCCCGCAGAGCAGAAAUACAUGGAGGAAGAACCAAAAGUCUCCAAGCAGUUGCUCCAGCAGAACUUUAACCGUGUGAAGCGGUGCAUCAUGGUCCUGAUCAGCUAUGGAACAUACAUCAACAGCUGCUUUGAAUGGGAGUCUGCACAGCGAAGCAUCAUCUCUUUUGUGCUGUUUGUGGUGGUGGUGUGGAACUUUGAGCUCUACAUGCUGCCUCUGGGCCUGCUGCUGCUGCUGGUCUGGAACUACUUCUUCUCCUCCAGCAGGGACAUGACUGACAUGUCCAUGGAGGCCAUGUUUGAAUGGGAAGAUGAAGACGAGGAUAAGGAAGACAAGGACUCAGAGCACAAGGGCUUCAUGAAUAAACUGUACGCCAUCCAGGACGUGUUCAUCAGUGUGCAGAGUGCUCUGGACGAUGUGGCAUCCUACGGAGAGAGGAUGAAGAACACCGUUAACUGGACAGUGCCUUUUCUAAGCUGGCUGGCGAUCACAGCCUUAUGUUUUGCCACAUUUCUGCUCUACCUCAUACCUCUACGAUACCUCGUGCUCGCAUGGGGUGUGAAUAAGUUUACCAAGAAGCUCCGAAAUCCGUAUGCGAUCGACAACAACGAGCUUCUUGACUUCCUCUCCAGGGUGCCCUCUGACGUUCAAGUGAUGCAGUAUCGUGAGCUGAGGGUUGAUCCUGGACAAAGCCCCAGCAAACGCCGAAGGACCAACCUGAGCUAGCUGUAAACAUUUUACCUGUAAACAAAGUAAACUACGUUAUUUAUACAUUUCUUGUAUAUUCUCAUUAUUAUGAGAACUGUUGAGUUGUUUUUGUUUUGUUACUGUGGGAAGAUUUAUUUUCUAAAUCUUAUAAAGGACAAAAUGAAGCUCUUUGAGUUUUUUUUUUUUUAAAUCCUUCUUAUUUCUCCACACAAACUUAUAAUAUUAUUGAUAAUGAAUGUCACAAACUGUCUGUACGUGUGUGUUAUAAAGAGUCUGCAUGUGAUGAAGGUGUGCUGCAUGGAAUCGGUGCAUUUCCUAUUUUUUAUUUCUUUUUUGUGCCGUGUUGAAGUGGAUGUGUUGUCAGUGUGUGAAGCUAUUUUAAAGUUAGAGCUGCAUGUUAUUGCUGCUGCUGUUAUUACAUGUAAUCACAGUAUAAACAUACACUCGGUAAAUAACGCCUCAUAUUUUAUAAACAACACUAUCAUGCUGCAUAUUCGAUUUAUGAACUAUUCCUUUAUGUUCUUAGUAGCAUCAGCUGGACUUCAGCUGGAAUAACGUGUUGCUAUGGUGAUUUAGACCAAAGAAAAGGGGGUUCUCGCACCCAGUUUUACAUGUAAAGUUUUAAUUUAUCCUGAAGAGAAAAGAGCAAACUUGGCACUGGGCCCCAAAUCCACAAAUAUGUGAAAUAAUUUUAUCAAUCAUAAAUCAUCUUCCUUCUCUUUCAGCAUGACUCUGUGUCAGAAUGUACUUUUAUGACUGAAAUUGUCUAGGUUUAUAUAUUGUUUUUUUGUUUAAAUUUGUAUUUAUAUAAAAAGUAACUAAUGCCCAUAAAA